AUGUUCGAAGGCCCACACAAAGAGGCCCGGUCCACUCUGAUUGACACCCAAGUGCAAAGGCCGCCCUCAUACUCCUCCCAUUUCCCAGGCCACCCCCCGGCUCUCCAUCUUUUACCCUUCUCUCUCUCUCCUUCCCGGCCGUUGCCGUUGCUCACUCUCCCUCUCCACUGGUAGCCGCUCCGCCGUCGCUGGCAGGGUGGACCCGCCGCCGUGCCAUGUUCUCCUGGCUCCUCCGCGGCUGCCGCGACGAGUGCUCCGCCUCCGACCAGCUCAAGCAGGCUCGUGAUGUCUUCGUGGCAAAAGAGGCAGUCUUGCAAAAGAAGAUUUCUCAAGAGAUGGAACGGGCCAAGGAGUUUACAAAAUCAGGAAACAAGCAAGCAGCAAUGCAGUGCUUGAAGAGGAAAAAAUACUAUGAAAGCCAAAUGAACCAGGUUGGAAGUGUCCAGUUGCGCAUUAAUACCAAGGAGAAAAUGAUCGCUGAUUACACGGGGAACAAAUAACAGAGUGAGAUCACAGCCCUGGAACUAUGUCUCAACUCAUCUUUGUUUUGUUAAGAUAUGUAAUCUGUGAAAAGUCAAUCGUUAUUGUUCUCUGGCACAGUGCACACCACAUUUAACAUUGUGUACCCUU